AUGGCCAAGGUGUCGAAACUCAUACGCAAGCUCUUCCGUCGAGACACCGGCGGCAACGCUGCUGGCUGUGACGGAGCUAUCGGAGACCGAGGGCUGCAGAUGCGCCUGCGUAAGGCUGUCACCAUGGGCAAGGCCCGUCAAGUGGCGGAUCUGCUGGACCAAGGCGCGUCCCCCAUCUGGAUGGAGGACGAGUCCAACUCGCGUCGAUUCCGUCGCCGCUACUCGGACGCCUGCCAGCUCAACGCGCUGCUGAUCGCCUGUCGACUGGGCAACGUCGAUAUCCUGAGUCUCCUGCUGGACGCCUUCUUUGAGGAGCCCCAAGUCCUCGCACACUUCAGUCGAGCCAUGUACUGCCUCGUGAUCCGCCACGACCACUGGAAGGCCUUCCACACGCUGCAGCAGCGACGCGUACCCAUGACGUCCAUUUCGUCGCGCUCCUCGUCCGAUGAGUCUAGCUCCCCAACGUCCGUGGCUUCGACCCGGUUGCUGUCGGUUGCGGCGAUGGAGAACUCGCGAUCCAAGCUGCCGAUGCCCAUUUUCGUGGCUGCAGAGUACGGCCGCCACCACAUUCUGAGCUACUUGCUCGACCGGUACCGACACGACUGGGCUCACUACACGUUCGAGGGCCAUUCGCUGCUGUCUGUGGCCACCAUCAACGGCCACUACGAGUGCGUUCGAGCCUUGCUGGGGCGCCAAGUGGUGACGGCCAGGUCGAUCGACGCGUCUGUUGCUAUCGCUCGUCGCCACCGACAAGCUCACGUGCUCGUGCUGCUGACCAGCUAUCUCCCAGAGUACGCUUCGGACCCAGAGCCUGUAUACAAGAGCUUUGCUCCACAGCCACCGUCGAGCAACAAUGCGAACCACGUGAAUGACUUUUGUCCCAACCGGAUGCGCGGACGCGUCUCGAUCGCAGAGACCGUAGCUAGUGAGUUCGACGACGACGGCAGACGCAGCAGCCUCGUGGCCAUCAGCUCGCCGAUCAACUUCAACCGCAGUGAAGAUGCGAGCCGCGUGGAGCAAAUGCGAACGCGCGCGGAGAUGCAGCGCGAGCUGCGGCAGAGCGGCAUGAUGUGGCUGCUGGACGGACGUGAACCCAUUGAGGAGAUGCAGCGUCCUGUGGAUCCGCAUGGGGUUUCGUCCGACGGCUUUGCGGUGCUCAGAUCUGCGCGGGAUCCUGCGCCAGUCUCGAAUAGCAGCUACUCGUCUUCCAGUCAGGAAGAGGAGUCUUGGUACGCUGUCAAGCCCAGCGACAAGAGUCGUGACCUGCUGUCGGACCAAGAGGAAGAGGAGGAAACCUCGUACGAAUCCAUGUUCUCUGUCCACGAUGAUGAAGUGGACAACAACCCAGAGGAGGAACGGCCUCCGCUCUCGGCUGAGAUGAACCAACCGCUGUCUGCUCCUCGCUCGUCGCCGAUAGUGCGACCUGGGAGGUCACGCAAGAUCAUUAGCGUCCGCAGUCAGAGAUUCCAGCAGUACCGACAGUUGGCUGCUAUCGAGGAACACCCGUCUGGAGAGACCGAAGCGUAG